AUGUAUCGUCUCACUCCAAAAUAUCUCAGGAAAUGCCCAAACACCGCUCCUGUUAAAAGCGGAACUCAAAUUGACCCGAAUGGCCCAGAAGAACUGGUUGUUGCAGAAGAAUUUGAUGCAGGAGAAGAACUCGGUGUGGUAUUGAAAGGUUGGUCAUCAAAAUUAAAAAAGUCGUCCAUUUCUACUGUCUGCAAUUCAGGCUGAUUAACAGGAUUAUCAGGGAGGCUCACGAUUGCAUCCUGUAUCGCUUUCAUAACGUUUUCUUGAGCUACUUUACUUAGAGAAGAUAACCAUUUGAAUUUGAACAUGGGAUGAGUCGCUGCAGCUAUGGCAGCUGCUUUUCCUUCCUCUACUACAUUAAAAACGUUUUUGAUACGCUUCUCUACAGCCGCAAUCAAACCAGAAAUUAAUUUUUGGCAAUAUUGAAAUCUCAAAUCUUUGCAAGCCAACAAUUUUUUUCGAGUUAUUAUAAGUGUAGGCAGCAAAUACCCGUACGAUGCAAUUUGAUC